AUGACUGGCCGAGCCCCUUCACCGGCAGAAUCGCUAUCCUCAAGCGGUGCCUCUAACGCGGGAACGAAGAGAAAGGAGAGGGAUUUCGACCAGGACCAUGGCGAAGAGACGAAUAUCAAUGUGGUGGUACGCUGUCGAGGCCGCAGUGAGCGAGAAGUGAGAGAAAACAGCGGCGUGGUGGUAUCAACGAGUGGAGUGAAGGGCAAGACGGUGGAAUUGUCCAUGGGACCAAAUGCUAUCAGCAACAAGGCUUACCACUUCGACAAAGUCUUUUCCCCGGCGGCCGACCAGGCAAUCAUAUUUGACGAUGUUGUGGCCCCAGUUCUUAAUGAAGUGCUCGCGGGCUACAACUGCACGAUCUUUGCAUAUGGACAGACGGGGACCGGAAAAACCUACACCAUGUCAGGGGACAUGACAGACAGUUUAGGGAUGCUAUCCGAUGCUGCGGGAAUCAUCCCCCGGGUGCUAUAUUCACUCUUCCAGAAGCUUGAGGCAGAUGAGGUGGAAUGCUCGGUGAAAUGCUCAUUCAUCGAGCUCUACAAUGAGGAGCUGAGGGAUCUGCUUUCCUCGGAUGACUCUGUCAAGCUUAAGAUUUUUGAUGAUGCGAACAGAAAGAGCCAUCCGGCCACGGUGGUUCAGGGCAUGGAGGAAUCACACAUCAACACUGCAGCCGCGGGAAUCAAACUACUCCGAGAAGGAAGCCACAGGCGGCAGGUUGCGGCCACGAAAUGCAAUGACCUUAGCUCCCGAAGCCACACAGUCUUUACCAUCACGACCUAUAUCAAGAAAGCCAGCGAAGCAGGCGAUGAUUAUAUCUGCUCUGGGAAACUGAAUCUUGUCGAUCUGGCAGGCAGUGAGAACAUCCAAAGAAGUGGGGCCGAGAACAAGAGAGCUGCCGAAGCUGGUUUGAUUAACAAAAGUUUACUGACCUUGGGCCGAGUGAUCAAUGCUCUCGUGGACAAGAGUUCUCAUAUCCCUUAUCGAGAGUCAAAGCUUACCAGGCUACUGCAAGACUCUCUGGGUGGAAGAACGAAAACGUGCAUCAUUGCGACGGUCUCACCAGCGAAAAGCAACCUGGAAGAGACGAUCUCCACCCUGGACUAUGCAUUUCGGGCCAAGAACAUCCGCAAUAAGCCACAGGUCAACUCAAUGGUCUCCAAGAAGACGUUGUUGAAAGAGUUUACCGCUGAAAUCGAGAAGUUGAAAAGCGAGCUGAUCGCCACGAGGCAACGAAAUGGAGUAUAUCUCACCAACGAUCAGUACGAAGGAAUCACGGUGGAGAGUGAGUCAAGGAGGAUCCUCAGCGAGGAGCAGAAAGCGCGAAUAGAAACAAUGGAGGUCAGCCUCCGCAACAAGGUCCAGGAGCUGUUCAGCUUGACCAACAACUUCACCUUGCUUAAACGAGACAAUGAGGCGACUAGGGUCAUUCUAGAAAGUACCAAGGGUGUGCUCGAAAAGACUGAAGCGGUACUUGCGGACACGACGAGGCUACUCAUGGAGGAGACCAUUAUUCGCGAGGCACAUGAAGCAACAGAGGAGCGGUUAUUCGGCAUGGGUACCGAAUUGGUUUCAACCGUCGGUGCGUCACUGAAGGACAUCGACGGUCUGCGGGCGAAAUUGAGGCGACGUUCCGAUCUCCAGCGUCGAAACCGAGAAUCUUGGAAGUCUCACGUCGAUCGAAUCUCUAACCUUUCGGAAAUUUUUGAUCGUUGCAUCGGCCAUUUUCAGGCAGCACAUUCGGAGAUGGUUGCUACAAGCUCUGGUCGGAUCGAGGCAUUCAUCGGGGCGGAGACGGCCCGUUUAGAGAGUUCCACAAGGCGAAUUCUUGAGGCAUCAUCUGAGCUGGCGGAAGAUUGCACUGAUGUUGAGAAUCAGUCGGCACAAGCCAGGGACUCGAUGAACACCGUGCUGGAGGAGAUCAAGGAUCUGCGAGAAGAGGUCAAGGACAAGGUCAGCGAGGGCCUCCAGGGUCUGUCUCAAGCCGCCGCAAAGAUCUCUGCGGAGGUGAUAUCGGAGCUGGAGCAGUUUCAUACUCAGCUGCAUUCGUCUUACAGUGGCCUUGGCAAGGACUUCAAGGCUACGUUCGACGAUCUCACCAGACAAAUGUCAGAGCAGCAGGAUGAAAUCGACUUCUUGAGGUUGGCUCUACAACAAGCAAGUCACGCGAACAUCGCGGCGUCACUGGCAGCGUCAACUCAGCUACAGGCUAUACGAGACGAGGAAAGACAGGUUGCGCAGGACGAAAAGGACAAGCUGAAAGAGCAGAUCUUUGCACUGAUCGAGUCCUCCCACCAUCAACAACAGGAAAGGUUGUCAAGCAGGUUGAAUAACGUUCAAGCCAAUCUUGUUGACGCGACAGAGCAGUUUGAAACUGCUAAUGGAGCCCACCAUGAUGGCAUGGAGAAGUGGACUUCUCGACACAAUGAGUUGAUGACGAAGGUGGUGAAGUCUAAGGAUGAUUUGAAGGGCAGGAUGAAGGGAGACUGGACGUCGAUCAAUGCGCGAAAUACAGCCAUCCAGAAGUCCACCAAAGCGGUGCACGAGGAGACCGUCAAGAUUGUCGAAGCCCAAGUCGCCCAAGUCGCCACCCAAAUGGCGGCACUCGACGAGUUUGUGACAAGAGCACGGACAGAGAACGACAAUCACCAUGCUGACCGCCUGCAAAAACUAAGCACUGUCAUGUCUCGAGCCCAAGGUGGGUACGCCACUCUUGAAAAGGAUUCGCACGAGUCCAAAGCCGCGCUUGAAAGCUUCAUGGAGGACCAGAAGCAACAAAGAAUGGAUCUUGACAGAUUGAUUGGCUCCCUGGGCAACGAUACACGGGAACCACUGCUGGAGCUGAAGCGUGAGGUAUCAGACAGCAGCUUGGCCGAAUACACGUCGACAGGAGACACGCCACAAAAGAGAGACUGGAACUACCCUACUGAGCUGCCACGGACUGAGAACCACGACUCGAUCAUCGCUAGGGCGAGAGGCCAACCCGAACCAGGGCUUGUCACCAAGACGCCUUCAUCAGCACGGACUCCUGCCAGAUCGCCUCGCAAGCAAGCGUCGCCACGAAAAGGCCCAGGGUCGCCAUCGAAAAUCCCCAGUCCGAGCAAAACGAAGGUGUUUACAGACGUGGAAAUGCCUGUGUUCCAGCCAGGGACAGCAACACCGCAAACACAGGCCUUGACCACGAUCUCUACGAAGGUCUCCAACGAGCCAAAAUCGGGAGGGCUCAAGGAAAUCGACAUCAACGUCGCUAACAGCAACAGGCCUGUCUCGGCGUCAUCUUCCUCCUCGCAGAAUGAAGAAAAGCCUGUGCUGCUGGACUUGAGCAAAAGCGUCGGUAGCGAGCAUCAACAGCCCCCACUCAAACGGCAUGCCACUGCCAAUGCAGUCGUGGAGAGCAGGUUGCCCACCACGAAGGCGGGCAGAGCGACGAGGAGUACAGCCGCAGGGAUCGGACUGGAGAACUUCAGUCAGAGCGUAGGGCCGCUCGGGAGUGGGAGGAGAUUGAGAAGCAGUCCACCAGAGUGA